CCAUUGUAAUUAAUUAAUUUAAAUUGAUUUUAAAUGUAGUGGUAUAAUCUGUAAAUAAAAAAAUACAAAAAGGAAAUAUGUCAUUUAUUAUAAAUGCAAUGAUUAAAUGUGUAAAUAAAAGAAAGUAAUAAAUCUGCUAUCCAUGUUUCCAAACAAUUCUCAUUUAUUUGUUUAUCCUUGUUUCCAAACAGUACUAAGGGUACUUCAGUUUUAAUAAUAUAGAUGUCUAAUUUUCAAACUUAAAAGAUGUACAUAUUAGAAAUUUCAUGUUUUACAAAACAUACUUAAACUUACUUAAAUUUCAUGUUUUACAAAACAUACUUAAACUUAAAUUUCAUGUUUCACAAAAGAUACUUAAAGUCUUAAACUUAAACUUAAAAUCCAUAUUUACAAAAGCCAAAAGAUACUUAAAUUUCAUGUUUCAUUCCUUCACUUAAUCUACUUCUUUUUCUUCUUUCCUCCACCUUCUUUUUCACCUUCCUUCUCUUUUUCCCCAAAUAUUUGUGAUUUUAAAUAUUUUUUUUUUUUAAAUAUGAGCGUAUUUGGGCAGCCCAUGUCCAUUUGGUUUUGUCCAUUGGACUCUGGGCGCAUCUGCCAUAAUCCAUUUGGACAGAAAUAUUUCGGGCAUAUUUGGGCGUGACCAUAUUAGUCCAUAUCGAUUUGGACAUGGGCCGCCCAUGGACAAUGUGCCCAAUUGACAUCCCUAUAUGCAACAGGGCGUCAACAAAUCAUCAAAAAGAAAAAAUCCAACGGGACGAGGGAACCGACCAACAGCAUAUUCCCGAUGGCUCUUAAUUAAAAUAGUAGUUGGUCGGUCCUACCUCAAAUGCGCAGCCCACGUACACUUCCAAAUAGUUCAACAGAGGAGGUAUAAUUGAAACUCAACAGAAAGUUAUAAGAUUAAUAAUUCAAUACUAACUCGCUUUGUAAAAGACACAUGUUAUAUUUUUGCUAAAUAUAUACUAUAUAAAUCUUCACUUUACACCGAAUAUCUACAUUCCAAAGUUAACAAAAAACAAAAAAGACCAUCAAGCACUCGUCAUCGAUGAGUCAAAACACUUCUUAAAACACUUCCUUGGUUUUGUAUAAAUAGAAGCUCACAUUGUACACUCAAACACAUCAAAUCCAUAUCAAACACACUUAACAAAAAAAAAUGAAAACCUCAAUCACAUUAGCCAUCUUCCUCACUCUCUCCAUCUUCUCCUUAACCGGAGCACAAGCCAAAGUCCCCAUCGAUGAGCAGUUCCGAGUUGUCAACGAAGGAGACUACACCGACUACAGUCCCAUUGAAUACAAUGCCGACGUACGUGGCUUCCGACCCUUCAACGACAACUUCCGUCUCUGCUUCUACAACACAACUCCAAACGCAUACACUCUCGCUCUAAGAAUCGGAAACAGAGCCCAAGAAUCAACUCUCCGAUGGGUCUGGGAAGCAAACAGAGACUCUCCGGUCAAAGAAGACGCCACGUUGACUUUCGGUGAAGACGGAAACCUAGUACUCGCCGAAGCCGAUGGUCGUGUGGUGUGGCAAACGAACACGGCUAACAAAAACGCCGUUGGUAUCAAAAUCUUGGAGAAUGGCAAUAUGGUAAUAUACGACUCCAACGGGAAGUUCGUAUGGCAAAGCUUUGAUUCACCGACCGACACACUUCUUGUCGGACAGUCUUUGAAAGCCAACGGUCAGAAUAAGCUCGUGAGCCGAAGGUCUCCAUCGGUCAACGCAAACGGACCUUACAGUCUCGUGAUGGAAGCCAAGAAGCUAGUUCUGUACUACACGACAAACAAAACGCCGAAACCAAUCGCGUAUUACGAAUAUGAGUUCUUUACCAAGAUAACUCAGUUACAGUCAAUGACAUUCCAAGCUGUGGAGGAUUCGGACACCACGUGGGGUCUACACAUGGAAGGUGUGGACUCUGGUUCUCAGUUCAACGUCUCGACUUUCCUCUCGCGGCCUAAACACAACGCUACGUUGAGUUUUCUUCGGUUAGAAUCAGAUGGAAACGUUAGAGUUUGGAGUUACAGUACGUCAGCGAGUUCUACCGCUUGGGACGUUACAUACACGGCGUUUACAAACGCCGAUACUGACGGUAAUGAUGAGUGUAGACUCGCUGAGCAUUGUGGUGAGUUUGGUUUGUGUAAGAAAGGACAGUGUAACGCUUGUCCUAGCGACAAAGGGCUUCUUGGUUGGGACGAGGCUACUUGUAAGACUCCGAGUCUGACUAGUUGCGAUCCCAAGACGUUUCAUUACUUCAAGAUUGAAGGAGCAGAUAGUUUUAUGACUAAGUAUAACGGAGGCUCGUCGACGACGGAGAAAGCGUGUGGGGACAAGUGUACGAGAGAUUGUAAGUGUUUAGGAUUUUUCUACAAUCGGAAGAGUUCGAGGUGUUGGUUGGGUUAUGAGCUCAAGACAUUGACUAGAACCGGAGAUGCUUCCCUCGUUGCUUAUGUCAAGGCUCCUAAUGCUAACAAGAACUCAGCUCUUGCCAUUUGAAGUGUCAACUACUUUGUUUGUGUGUCGUUUUGACCAAUGCUACAUUUGUCAUUUGUUUUCCUUUCUUCUUAAAAGUUGUUGCUAUCGGUUUUAUCUUAUUUUAAGUAUUGAUAUGCUGGUUCUCAGCGUAUAUCUUAAUAAAAUGAAGUAAAGUUUAUCAAUCACUAAUGUUUAAGUAAUUAUUAAAAAUUCCUUACCUCGACUCGAUAUUAAAGAACAAAUAUUGUUUAGACUUAUCUUCUUUUUAUAAGUUUUUACAUACAUAAAAAUUGGGUCGACGAGCUAUUUCUCCACGGAAAGUAUCGUAUAGCACUAAAUGUCUCCCAAACGAUGACCUCAUGCUAUUUAUCCCCGAAAAAAAAUUUGAAAUCUAUUUCACCAUGAAAAUAAAGUUUCAUCUUUAUUUCUACAUGAAUCUAAAGAUUGCAAUCGAAAAUCCCAUGGAACUCAAAUGAAAUUGGUUUACUGUUUUUAAGCAAACCAUAAACCGUUUUAACCCAAUGACUAACCGAAUUAAGAUCCAAUUACAACUCAAAACUUAACUAAAAAUCCAAAAUCCUAAUUUUAUAACCCGAGCAGACAAAUUUCCCCCAAAUUAAAGUUCUCUCAUUUCACAAAUCCUGAAAAGGAAAAAAAAUUCAAACUGAAUCUAGAUAUUGAAAUCAGGAGGAAUCAAGAGAGAUAACAAAUGUCGAUGGCCCUUGGCUGUUUUUGUUUUGGCCCAGAUUGAAAUCAGCAACUCCCUGUCUUACUUCAUGUGUGACUCUCGAAAAUUUUGGCUUUAUUUUCUAAAAUUAUUUUGUUGUUGUUGUGCUUCGUUGUUCUUUCUGCUGAUGUGUGUUCUUUAUUUGUUUGGUUAAAGCUUUGUUUUUGUUUGAAUUUAAGACAGUGAACAUAGCUGUGAACUUAUUCUGAGAAGAAACAUCAAAUAAAUAUUCACGCCUAACUUUCUUCUCCAUAGAAAACUUACGAAACUGAGCAAAAUUACUUUUUUUGAGAGACUCAUGCGUUGAAAUUAAAGAUUUGGGUUCGGUUUUAGUUCUGGUCAAGAUUUAUGUUUGGUCGGGUUUUAUUUGAUUAUGGUUUAGUUUAGUCCGGUUUAUUAUCUGAGAUUGAAGAUUUUAUAUUGGUUUUACAAAACCAUGACAAAACCAAGAUACAUGGAGAAAUAGGUUUCAAACUUUUUUCUCGGGGAUAAACAGCACGUAGUCAUAGUUCGGGAGACAUUUGGUGCUAUAUGAUACUUUUCGUGGGGAAAUAGUUCGUCUACCCAUAAAAAUUUGCUGAGAACAUAUACAGUUUAUAUAUAACUAGGUACAAUACGUGAAUAUGCAAUCACAAAGUAGACUAAAUAUAUUGUAAACAAUAUAUGAAAACUUCCUCCAUAUAACACUUUAAUUUCGAAAGGAAGUAUGAAAAAUUCAGUUCAUCUUCGGUCUUGAUAUUGUGCAUACAUCCCGUGAUUGCAACUACAGCUCCAGAAAAAAUAUCCUUUUUAUCUCGGACAUUACAUAACUUAAACCUAAAAAACUGUUCUAAAAACAUGAACGUUAUACUAGAAGUCCCUUAUAAUUGUUGAAGUAUAACCAAAAUAUCUCAAACUUUAGAACACAAGACAAAACUAUAUGAAAAAACCUAGAACAAAUCUCAUAUAUCAUAGAUUAGGAUACUAACUAAUGUAUCAGUAUUAUACCUGGACAUUAACGAUUGUUAAAUUAUUAUGAUGUAAGUCGAAAGAGACUAUUAAACUUUUUCGAGUCAAUCCAUUGACACAAGGAUAAGUCCCAGAGAAUCCAAAAAGGUUUCAGAUAUUGAAAUCGGUACAACACCAAUCUUCUGUGGAUUGGAGAGAGUAAUGACUUAUACAUUAUAUGAAUAUAGGCACGUAUUCGUGUCGUUCUGUGAAAAUGCUUGCGAAAGAGGAGGUAAUAUUUUUUUUUUGCUAAUAAGAAGUUCCGACUACUUUGGGUUCGUUAUCUCUUUUCAUCUUUGGACCAAUCUUUAUAAGUACUACGUUUAAAGGCGUGAAACAAGAUUCGAGCUUAAGAACACAACGCAACCUUCCUUUUGAUACAUUGAGGGAUCUUGAGUUAUGGGCGUGCUUAACUAAAUGUUAGAUACAUGUUUUUGAGAUCUUGUGAAUAUCAAAAUGUAUAUAUUUAAAAAGGUUUCUCUGGAAAUUAUAUAAAUACACAAUAUUUGAUAUUCUAGUACAUGCAUGUACUCACAACGAAGUUUAGACUAAGCCCUAGACCCUGAAAAUUAAACUAGGUAAGUUCCUUAAUUAAUCUUGAAAAGUUAACUUAUUUUCUUAGGGGUUUCCUCUUAAUUAUCAUUGACCCUUUUAAAUCGACCAACCCCAAGUUAAUUAUCAUAAAUAUUUGAUAUGAAGUUCAUUUAUGGCGUUUAUUAUGACUUUCCAAGAAAGUUGAAGGGGUUUAGGUUAACAGAUGCGAUGAACAAUGGAUCGGCUGAGAUGCUUUAAAUACGAGAGAGCAGCACUGAUGCUAACACACAAGCCUUCACAACACACUCUCUCUCUCGCUCCUAAAUUGUCUCUUCGUUGUUUGUGUUCGACUCCUUCGUUUACUAUGUCAAGUUCCAGAGGAAAUGGUGGUGGCCUGGAGUCGGAUGAUCAAAGGAAUGAAAAAGUGAAUUCACCAGUGAGCCUCUCUGUUCCCUGCGAAGAUGUUCGCACGGAAGAAAACGUGAGUACAAAAUGUUGAUUUCAACCGUGACACUAGUUACAUUUCUCUCUUAUUUUAUCAUAUAGUAACAUUUCAUAAUUGAACCUCUUUUGAUUAUAUUGUUUGUUUUAAUGUAUAUAGCGCGGUUCUACUUGUACUUUUUCAGAUGGUGGAUUUGGAUAAUCCAAAGCUUCAUGAAGAAAUCGCGCGGAGGAACCAAAUAUAUGUAUGACAAUGUAGUUCCUUUUUUAAACACAACGGCAAAGUAGAUCUAUAUGUCAUACAAAGAUAAUAUAUAACUAAUAUUACACAUUUUACUAUUUUAAUUUCGGAAAAUUUGAUUUUAUUGAUCGUAUACGUUCUCCUAUUUGAUUUUAGUUGGCUGAUGUACAUGAGGAGAAUCAACAGCUUUUUGAAGAAGUGCUUACACAAACGAAGAAGACUAACACUGCACUUGCAAAGCAGUCCGAAUUAUACGAGAAACUGGUAAUCAAAUAUAUAUAACUAUAUAGAUCAAAUCAAUAGGUGAUUAAUCAAUUAAAAAAUUACUGAAUUGUGCUAUUUUCUUAUAUAUUACUUAGAUACUUGGGACGAGCAAGUCCAUCGGUGCAGACUGCAUACCGGCAAACUCGCCGGAUACCAACGUGAAACCGGGCGGUAAGAGAUUGCUUGGGCAGGAAGAAACCUCAGAGGCUGGUUCGAAGAAGCUGCAGAAAAUGAAUUCCGAAGAAGAUCGAUCCUCUGAGGAUCAGAAAGAUUAAUGCGACGUAUAUGGCUUAUGAAAACAAACGUACGUGAACCAUGCAGCAUGAAGAUCUCAGUACAAAUAUCAUCACACUCUUCUUUUAUUUUAUUUUUUUUGCUACAAAUAUCAUCACAGUCUUCUUUUAUUUAGUUUUUGCUACAAAUAUUAUCACAUUCUUCUUUUAUUUUGUUUUCGCUACAAAUAUUAUCAAAAGAAACAAGUUUAGUUUGGAUCGAAAAUUUGGGUUUGAAAAGGUCUAAUUUAUUUUAACAAAAGCCCAAAAUAUAAACUUUACAGUGAUCAUUGUCCAUGUGAGGGUAUACCUUUCUUU